AUGUACCGGGAUGGCAUUGAACAAAUGGCCCCGUGGUCUUGUGCGAUCGAACAGAGAUGGACUGGUUGUGGCAAUGUUCUCCAAAGGUGUAUUGAAUGCUCUGACGAAAUUAAGAAGUUUUUGGACGAACAAAAUCAAAUACAUGAAGAAUUAUCUGACUUGGAGUGGAUAGCCAGAUUGAUGUUCUUUGCAGAUUUCACCCAGCAUUUAAAUAAUUUGAAUAUUAAACUACAAGGUGAUAAUGAAAUAAUUACUUGUAUGUUUGAUAUGAUACAAGCAUUUCUGUUAGAAAAACUCAACUUAAAAGUGUUAGAAUGGUUGAAUUUAGAUGCUUUUAAAAUGCAGCUUGUAGAUUUUCAGUCGAGUACCAUAUGGAAAGAAAAAUCCGUUAUACUGAGAAAUGAAUUAGAAAAAAUUCAGCGUGAUAGGACAAUAGGCAAAUUGGUCGUAAACAUAGGGGACAAGAUUUUGAAAGUAUGGAAUGAAAUUCCGAAAGAUUAUUCCACUUUAAAAAAGUAG